CGCCGUCCCUGGUGAAUGAGGUGGCGGCGGCGACUAAUCAAGGCGGCGGCGGCGGCGGCCCUCGCGCCUCCCUUAACGGUGCGCGCACGACGCCGGGAUCCUCAUGGCUUCUCGGAGCGAGGACGAGGCGGUGCUGUUCAGGCGCGGAACCGGGCAGAGUGAUGAUUCUGAUAUAUGGGAUGAUACAGCACUCAUAAAAGCAUAUGAUAAAGCAGUUGCAUCUUUCAAGAAUGCUCUAAAAAAUGGAGAUUGCUCAGAGCCUUUGGAUAAAACUGAACUAAAUGCUGGGACAAAAAGGAAAAAUAACAAAAAGAACAAAAGUAGGAAGAAAACUAAUGCUGCGCAAAAGAAACAGUGGAAAAUUAAUGAUGCAUGCAGUGCAGUUUGGUCUGAAGAUGGUAAUGUGUACCAAGCAACUAUUACCUCAAUUAACUGGAAGAAGGGGACUUGUGUAGUUGUCUAUACUGGAUAUGGAAAUAAGGAAGAGCAAAAUCUGUUGGAUCUUUUGCCACCGAUGGAUGCUGAGGGAACAAAUGAAGAGAGAAGUGCUGCUGAGAAUGAUAAUGAGACUCAGUAUUCAACAGAUGAAAGUGAUCUAUCCUUCCAGUCUUCUGGAAGCAAACACAAUCGUGGAAAAUCAACACGCUGGAAUUCUCCCUUUCCUCCUCCUCCACCACCACCAGUACCAGGAACAGGAAGGACUGGAAUGAAAUUCAGUGGACCUCCACCUUUCUUAUCAGGCUGGCCUCCACCAUUUCCAUCAGGACCACCGUUGAUACCACCUCCUCCAUUUUUUAGCUCAGACUCCCUUAAUGAUGAUGAUGAAGCAUUGGGAAGUAUGUUGAUAGCCUGGUAUAUGAGUGGCUAUCACACAGGCUACUAUCUGGGUUUAAAGCAAAGCCGAAUGGAAGCUGCCUUGCGAAGACAUACCCACUCAAAGUAGCUGGUCAAGGGACAACUCCCGUCUACAUUGGUCAGCAAAGAAACUUUCAUGGCUACCAAGAUUACUGAAUGGAUAACCCAGAAAAGGAGGCACCACUUACACCAUUGGUCAGCAACGUUAUUUCACAGCUUAGGCGGCCACUAAAUGGAUAACCAUCUGGUGAUCAUGUCUUCAUAGUAAUUAGGUGCUUGUUCUGGAUUAAAUGAACUAUUCAUGUUGUGCAUUCUGAGGAUUUAGGCUAACCUUGAUUCUUAAAAGUGAACUUCCAAGAUGUAGCUUAUCUUCACUUUUGGUUCUACAGUGACACUAUGCUGAUGAAAAUUACUUGCUAGCUGCAUGUAGCAGUGGUGACCUGAACAGAAAGUGCACAGAUGUUUGUCUAAAGGCCUGAGUUGGACCACUGGUGUUAAGUUGAAAGAGACAUUACUUAUCAGUUCGGCUGCACAGAUGGUUUAAAAUACUGCUCAAUAAAAGUAAUUUUUUCAA